AUGUGGCAUUUCGCUAGCUUGACCGGCAACCCUGUCUACGCUAUCGCGAGCAGCCGCUUUCUUCGCUUAUCAACUUUGGAUCCGUCAGCUGCGAAGGCUGGAAGGGAACUGACGGCUUUAAUGUGGAAGACGGGAGUGGCAUAUCUGGCUCUGCGCCUGGUGACGGCGGGUGCCCUGUACACGGACGAGCCCCUACUCUACGGCGUUUUCCCCGACAACUUCCGAUGGGCAGCGGCCACUGCCGCGUUCCAGGUCGAAGGGGGAUGGAACGAAGACGGAAAAGGAGAGAGCAUUUGGGACACAUUCCUUCAUAACUGCGAUUGGGACUGCGUGACCGGCGACGUCACCUGCGACUCCUACCACAAGUAUCAGGAGGAUGUCAGGCUCCUCGCCGAAAUGGAGGUGGACCGGUAUAGGUUCUCGAUUUCGUGGCCUCGGAUCCUCCCGGAUGGCACGACGGCCAACAUCAAUCAGGCUGGGAUCAAUUACUACAACAACCUCAUCGAUGCUCUCCUUGCCAACGACAUUGAACCGAUGGUGACUCUGUAUCACUGGGACCUGCCCCAAGCCCUCGAGGACAGGGGAGGCUGGCUGAACCCCGAGAGCCAAGACUGGUUCGUGGACUACGCUCGAGUCUGCUUCGAGGCAUUCGGGGACCGAGCGAAGCUCUGGAUCACCUUCAACGAACCCUGGGUGAUUGCGUGGCUGGGAUACGGCACCGGGACUGGCGCUCCGGGGCACAGUGAUGCGCCGGGGGAGAAACCUUACCAAGUUGGUCGUAACCUCCUACUGGCUCAUGCAAAGACUCAUCGGAUGUAUCAGGAGGAGUUCUUCGCUUCCCAAGGGGGUCGAGUGGGCAUCACUCUGAACACAGGCCAGAACGGUCCAUUGAACCCAGAAAACCCGGAGGAUGUGGCGGCGGCAGCCCGUCGGAUGGAAUUCGACCUGGGAUGGUUCGCCGAUCCGGUCUACUUCGGCAACUAUCCGCAAAUGAUGAUCGACAAGAUUGGAGAGAAAAGCGAGGCUCAAGGGUUUCCGGAAUCCCGUCUCCCUGUCUUCAGUGCUGAAGAACAGGAGAUCCUUGCCGGCAGCUCCGACUUCUUCGGCCUAAAUGCCUACACGUCCACAUAUGUAACCAAUUACAUAAAUGACAUAGAUUGUGGACUUAGGAAGCUCUUGAACUACAUCAAAGACAGAUAUGGAAAUCCGGAAGUGAUCAUCACGGAGAACGGAUGCAGUGACAGAGCGGGGAACUUAGAUGAUGCCCUCAGGAUCUAUCAGCUCAAACAUUACAUCAACAACAUCCUCAAAGCCGUACGGUUGGAUGGGUGCAACGUGACUGGAUACACGGCCUGGUCGUUCAUGGACAACUUGGAAUGGGGCGGCGGCUACUCGCAGAAGUUUGGGCUGCACUUUGUGGACUUUGAUGAUCCUGAGAGACCGAGGACGCCGAAGGCCUCGUCUCGAUUCUUCAGACAACUCAUCCGAGAUAAUGGAUUCAUCCAGGAAAAUCUUUGUGAAUAUUAAGGCUCGUCCCAAUAAACUCUCCAUCGGAUUGAAUCAUUAA